CUCUUUGGUAUCGGUGAGGUGAGACUCUGGGGUAGCUUAGGUGAUCGCCUGUAUCCGGCACCUGGAGUGUGUUUCAACACGGGCUGUUCUCUUGAUCAGAACACCUAGGUCAUGUGUACUUCGAACCUCAUGCGUGCUCCAAUGUCGGCGACUAGGUCCGUAGGCCAGGAUAAAAUGGCUAGUUUCUUCAUUGGACAUGGCACAACCAGCUCUAACACCAGAUCGCAACUUACCAAACACACGUAUAGCCUCAACUCGAGACGUGAAACUCGACUCCGAGAGCUUUUUGCACAAGACCAAAUUCCAGAAGUAAAACCGAAAUCUUGAACCUCCUCGACAUCCUCACGAGACACAAUACUCAACAUGCCUCCUGCGCGAAUGACCGUGACUCAACUUAGUCAGGGCAUCAGAACAUUCGCUUCACACUCCUCAAGAAGAACAGUCGCCCACCGAUUACCAAGUCUUCACCACUCACCUUCGGCGCGAAUUCUUGCAAAAGCCACUGCUUCAACCCACAUCUCGGCUGCAUCCUUUCCCAUUCUGGUACGCGACGGACUGAGCUACGGCGCGCUGGGAGCGUUGACGUCGGUGGGCGCGUUCAUGAUAUAUUGCGCGGACAAAGAUGCAGAUUUGAUAGAUCUGCUUGCGACCCCGGACGCUCUGGGGUGAGACAGUCGUCGAAUGAAACUUGAUGCAUGGGAUUUGGAGUUUCUCGGGAGUUCAAUGGGAUACGGAAGGAUUUGGGAACACGAAAUGACACGUUGGCGACUUUUCGACCGUCAGCCUCGCUCUGAUGCUGAUGCUGAUGCUGCUGGCCUCUUGCGUUGCAUCGGCGGAGAAGCACAUAUAACUGUAUAGUAGAGUGCUGCAGAUCCAAGUGUACUCCCACUCUUUAGGGGUAGUACUUUGUUUCGUGGGGAAAUGCCACCCUCACAGCAUCUGAGAAAUUGAAGCCUUGCUGUUUCCAAA